AUGACUACAGCAGCACGUCCAACCUUUGAUCCAGCUCGUGGUCGUGACAGUAAGGCGCCCACAUUGCAAUAUAGUUCGCGAGAUUUAGCCGCGCACACCAAAUUAAAAUACAGACAAACCGGUCAAUUAACACAAGAAGAACUUGACAGAGUUGAUCUAAAACAAGAACUUCUUAAAGCUGAACAUGAACACUUUGAAAAGGCUCGAAAAGAGGGUGGUAUUGGUGCCAGUGCAUCAGCAGUCGAUAAAAGCGUAGGAAGUAUUGAAGAGCGAAAACAGCGUCUAUUAAUCGAGGCGGCAGACGAAGAUGAUGAAGAUGACACAGAAGAAUUAUUAAGAGAAUUAGAAAAGAUUAAAAAGGAACGGGCGGAGGAAAAAGAGCGUCAGGAACGCGAAAACACGGAACUCCAAGAACAAAAGCGACAAGAAGAAAUUGCCACCGGCAAUCCACUACUGCACAAGGAUUUCAGUGUGAAGCGAAGAUGGGAUGACGACGUAAUAUUCAAGAAUCAAGCACGCGGUGUAGACGACAAGCCAAAAAAGCGAUUCAUCAACGAUACAUUAAGAAGUGACUUUCAUCGCAAUAUUGGAUCGGCAUUAACUGACUCACUUGACGAGUUGAUUAUGCAGGAUAAGAUUACUCCGCAAUUAGCAAUGAAAGUUCUCGUACAGUUUGACAAGAGCAUAACAGAAGCACUAGAGAAAGGAAAAGGUCGAGGAACAUUCAAGGGCGGGCGUCUACACACCUACCGUUUCUGCGACGAAGUGUGGACAUUCAUCAUUGAGAGACCGAAUUUCCGUUUGGAUAAUGAUAAUAUCCCCGCCGACAAGAUCAAGAUCGUGGCGUGUAAUGCAAAGAAACCCGGUGAUGCUGACAAUAAGUGA